AUGUUUGUUGGAGUCAUUGGAAAUGCAGCUGUUAUCUAUAUCUACAGCUUUGUGUUAAAGAAUACCACGGUUCAUUAUUUCAUCACAGUGCUGGCCGUUUUUGACUUUAUCUGCUCUCUUCUCGGCUUCCCACUGGAAAUCAUAGAAUUUUAUAAUCCAAUGGAAUAUCCUUCAAACGGACUCUGCAAGUGGCAACGAUUCCUUACCUUCUGCUGCAGCAUUGGCUCCAUAUUUGUUCUGCUCCUCAUCUCUAUUGAACGCUAUCGAAAAGUUUGCCGUCCACAGAGCUACCAGUUAAACUUACAGCAUGCAAAGUAUUUCACAAUUGGAGCCUGCCUUUUCUCGGUACUAUUUGCCACCCCAAUGACGAUCUUCUCUCAAAACAAGUUAAUACAGCUGAAGUGGUUUGGAAACCUGACUGGUUGUGACUGCCGCCUGAGUAACAGCUACGGCAUCCUCCCCUUGUUUUAUUUCAUCUUCCUUUUGAUAUUUGCUACCAUUACUCUUGCGACUAUGUUAAUACUCUACGGCCUCCUGUGGCAAAUGGCUCGAAUGCACUUCCUCGAGUCGGAUUCGCGGUACCAACAGAGUUUAAAUAACACUGAAGCAGGAGGAAGAUCUCCGGCCAGGCGUCAACUCAGUCGUACCAAUCACACAGUCAUAUUGGUUACUGUUCUUUUUACCAUCAGCUUCUUCCCGACGCUGCUUUUGAGCAUCUUCGCUGAUCAACUUAUGGCCAACAUGAGUUACAGAGAGCAGCUCAUCUUCUUCAUGUUCGUUCGGAUGUAUAUUCUCAAUAGCUCGUUUAAUCCACUUGUUUACGGCUUCUGUAACAAGCGAUUCAGAAACGCUUUUGUCAAACUGUUUUGGCAGAUUCUUUGCAUAUCACCAAAAGACAAACAAAGUUCAUCUACAGAGACAUCUUGA